AUGGGAGUAAAAAUUGAGAUGUUUAGAAUGAUGCUGUAUUUAUCCUUUCCUGUGGCAAUGUUUUGGGUCUCUAACCAGGCAGAGUACUUUGAAGAGUACAUAGUAAAAAGAAAGAGGGAAAUCUUCCCCCCUGAUGAGUUCACACAAAGAAAAGAGUUGGAAGACUUCAAAGAGCGAAUGCGAGUCCGUAAGGAGCAGCGAAUAAUAAAGAAUUUUUCUGCGGACUCUGAGAAUUGA